UGGUUGACUUAUUGUUUAAUAGUUUUUCUGGGGAGCAUAAAACCGAAGCUACCCGGCGACUCUAGCUAUACCUGUAAAUGGAAACGGCGGCCCACGGUGCCGCCAGCCCAAACCCAUUUGACCUGCUAAUUGGACAACCAGUAAAAAAAGAAGAAUUGUGGUGGCCUUUCACGGUCCGCCCGCUACCGCCGCUGCGCCGCUACUAACCCCCUCCAUGGCGAUGGAGGCAGGCGCCGCCCCCGCCCCCUCCCCCCUCCCCAUCCCUCCGCUCCCCCUCCCCCACUACUCUUCUCCCAAGGGACAGCCGUGCCGCCGCCGCCGCCCCAUCCCUCCGCUCCCACCCUGAACCCCUCUUCUCUGGCCGCCUCCAUCUCAGUUCGUUGAGCAGCCCCUGUCCAUGUUCAUGAGGAAGGGCGACAGUCCGGUUCGGCAGAAGGAGCAGGACGGCAACGCGAUUCGGCAGAAGAAGAGCCGGAAGAAGGUAAGAUCACGAUUACGAUUUUCAUCUUGACCUCAAUCUAGUUAUACAUGUUGAAUCCCAAUAGCCCAAACAGCAAAACUUUUGGUACUUCUGUGUGAUAGGGAAAUGAGGGCACGAACUCUGUAUCUUCUUUCAUUCUCAGAUUAUAUUUCCUUAUGAAAUUCCAUAUCAGAGCAAGGAGUUGCAGAAGUAGGAAUGACAAACUGGCCCACCCUGAGGUCAGAACAUAGGUGAUGAGGAAGGAUAGGAUUUAGACUCUGUUUACCUGCCCAGGUAUAACCCCUAGCUAGCUGGACAGGGAUUUCCUUCAGAGAUGAUAGAUGUUCAAAGUGGAAAUCGCUGAUUACCUAGUCACUGGAAAUUGCAGAUUAUACUUGUCUCGUGAUUACUUGACGCCAUCAAGUGUUUUUGGGCAAUACUGGCGCCACCCAAAAAGCAACUGCACGGAUUCGAGCCCAAUAGAAGUGCCGGCAACCUCGUGCCAACCCCUUCGCAAAGACAACGGCAUCGGGCAACUUGCGCUUCAGCUCAUCGACCGACGGUGGCUGCAUGCGCCUCCUUCGGGCGGCGUCGUCAUCCACGAUGGCCCGAGGCACAUAGCUUCGGCUCUGGCUUGGAGGACAUCGGGGACGCUUCAACGCUGCCGCCCCAAGGAGGAGGAUGCUGCGGACUCGCCACCACCUCCGCCGGCGAAGAAGUGGUGGGAGAUGGAGGCGGAGGUGCAGACGGCCUUCCGUGGCGGCGACGAGCCGGAGGAGUUCCCGGGGCAACACCUCAUCGUCGGCCGCUCCGUCAAGGAGGACUACCGGCAAAUCACGCUCAACCCGCGGCAGGCGGCGGUGUGGUCCGCCAUGGACCACGGUGAGAACUUCAUCGACCUCGCCGGUCCUUCUGAGCCGUUGGCGCCAAAGGAGGAGGAGGACGACUUCUCUAACGACGGCGGUGGCAACGGUGGCAGCAGCGACGCGGCGACGACGACGCGGACAACCUCAACUGCAGCGCCUUCCAGGGGCGCCACUUGUCUGGACGCGGACAACCUUGUGGGAACACUAUCCCUAAAUAGAGGAUUCUUCUGCCGGCGCCUAUUUGGAGGGUGCGUGUGGAUGCUCUAAGCUGAAUUGUGUGCUGAGCUGUCACAACUGUUUGACAUUCCUAUGCAUUGUUAUUGUCAAACAUUGUCACGUUCCAGAAAAAAUCACAACAUUGUUGAUGCCAUAAUUUCCAAUG